AUGACGGAUGGCACAGUACCGUUGGAAGCCGCGUUUAGAGGCAGGAGGCUUUUGGGAAGGCGCCUCAACCUUCCUGACGGCUAUAAAGGCCUCAUAUUGGAGAAAAUGGAGAAGGGAAGAACAGAAGCAGCAGCAGCAGGUGUUGUUGAACCUCCCUCUAAACGGCAAGCCACGGACGUUGCGAGAACGAGACAGGAAACGGAAAGGACCAGCAGCGAGGAAAGAGGGCAGGGGGUAGGAGAAUCAGAGGCAGAUGGGAGGGCAGAGGCAGAGGAGGAAGGAACGGAGGUGAUAGCUGGUUUUCCCCAUGCAGCACAGUGGCGGACUGUGGGGCGAUUCUCCUCUUUCGCCUAUUGGAACCAUGACAGAGUUCCCAAGGCUGGUGAUGGGCCUGCAAGAGCCUGUGAUUGGCUGAGGAUCGCCAAGGAGCUACAUGCACCAAUAUCUCUGGAGGAUUUAGAGCGGCAACUCUCCAAGUGA